AUGUGGGCUCAACAAUGGAAUGAUCGUUUCGAUGAUUUAAUUCCUUAUCCUGAUGCUCCACUUGUUAAUAUUACAGGAGCAUUAAUUGAAAGAGGAUAUACUGUUCAUCGGAUGUUUACAACAGCUGAAUCAUUCUUUACAUCAAUUGGUCUUUAUCCAAUGACACCAAAAUUCUGGGCUCGUAGUUUAUUUGAAAAACCAACCGAUCGUGAUGUUGUGUGUCAUGCAUCUGCACAUUUUAUGCAAUAUCAAGAUGAUUUUCGUGUUAAAAUGUGUACUGAAGUCAAUGAUGAUCAUUUUGAUACAGUUCAUCAUGAAUUAGGACAUAUAGAGUAUUUCAUGGCUUAUGAUAGAAAUCAACCCUAUGCUUAUCAAGAAGGAGCUAAUGCAGGUUUUCAUGAAGCCAUUGGAGAUACAAUUGGUAUCUUUGCAAUAUCGCCGACACAUUUAAUAACGUUGGAUUUUCUUGACGAAAAUGUUGUCAAUUCACAUUAUGAAAUUAAUUAUCUUUUACGUUUAGCAUUACAAAAAGUUGCUUUUCUACCGUUUGCUUAUGUUAUGGAUAAAUAUCGAUUUUUACUUUUUCGUGACGAAAUUGAUCAUGAAAAUGAAUUGAAUUCAAUAUGGUGGGCACUGCGAAUUAAACAUGGUGGUAUUAUGCCGCCUGUACCUCGAAACGAUAAAGAAAAUUUUGAUGCCGGCGCCAAAUAUCAUAUACCAUCGAAUGUUCCCUAUCUAAGAUAUUUUAUUGCUCAUAUCCUUGAAUUUCAAUUGUAUCGUAGUAUGUGUCAACUACAAGGUGUUACAGAACGAUUUCAUAUGUGUGAUAUAUAUGGAAAUAAACAUGUUGGAGAAAAAUUUAAAGAUAUGUUAGAUAUGGGAAAUUCAAAGCCAUGGCCGAUAGUUUUACAAAGCUUAAAUGGAGAGACCAAAUUGGAUUCGGGAGCAAUAUUAGAUUUUUUUCAACCAUUAUAUGAAUGGUUGAAAAAGGAAAAUCAUGCAAGAGGUUAUCCAGUCGGGUGGGAUUAA